UAAUCGGUUUACAAACACAUUUGGCAAGUGUCGAAAUUCGGAAGUUUCCAAAAUGAAAAAGCAAAUCCUAAAGGAGUUCAUAACCGUAAAGAAGGUGCUUCACCUUCCGCCGGAGCCACCACCACCGCCACUACCGCCGCCAACUCUGCAGCGCCACGUUCUGGCAGUGGGCAGCUGCACCCUGGACAUGAUCACCAUCGUGGAUCUGCCUCUUACCCCGGGCCAGGUGCAGCGCACCACGGAGGGAAGCUGGCGACGCGGCGGUCCCGCUGCCAACAUUUGCACAGUGUGGCGGCGACUGGGCUUAGAGUGCGAGUUCCUCGGCGUUUUGAGCAGGGUUAGGGCGUUCGAGAGUCUAUUGAAUGGAUUUCAAUCGCAGGGCAUCGACAUUUCCCAUUGCCCGCUGACGAAUCACCGUCCUGCGCACCGCAGCAUCAUUGUCCAACGGAACGUAGAUACACGGACCUUGCUCGAGUUCGCCAACGCCAACCAGGAGCUCACCUACCAGCAGUUUGUGGGCGCCGUCGACUACCAGAAGUACUCGUGGAUACACUUCGAGUGUCGUAAUCCCGUUGAGAUGCUGCGCAUGGUCCUGGCGGUCAUCCAAUUCAACGAGCGCUGCCCCGAGUCGAGGAUCAUCCUCUCCGUGGAUCUGGACAACUUGCGACCCGCCACCAUGCUGAUGGCUAGUAUGGCAGACUACGUCUUCGCCCGGAAGACCAUGAUGCGUACGUACUCUUUUAUGAAUGGGCGCGAGGUUGUUUGGGCGAUAAGGAACGAAAUGCGAACAGCACGGACUAAAUGGGAAAAAACCCAGCCGAAAAAGAUGCCCUACCUACCGCCUGAUCCCCCAGACGAGUAUCUCAAUGAAAAUUGUCCCGGACCUCUGAAUAAUCAACCCGUCGUGAUAUACAAUAAUUAUAUGGAAGGCGCCAGCUGCCUGAUGGCCAACGACACCUACUUCAAGGUGGGCUCGCAGAUUCCGCCUAAAAUUGUGGACGUUGUGGCCGUAAAUGACACCUUCUCGGCGUCCGUGAUAUAUGCACUGCAUAAGGUUAAGAUGCGGCUGAGGGAUGCCAUCGAGUACGGAACCCGGGCAUCAGCUCUGAAGUUGACGGGAAACGGAUUCGAUGUGCUGCGGUGUAUGCCCAAGGAUCUGAUCGGUUGUUACUAUGCUUAAAAC